AUGAACUACAUCUUCUGUCCGAUCCACAUCGUUCUCGACGUCACAGCUUUCUGGUUGAUGCGACGGCAUUUUCGGAGAAACAGGAGCAACGCAGCUAACAGCGACCUCAAAAGGCGCCAAUUGGGGAUGGGAUAUCGAUUGGCUGCGAUGAUGCUGGUGAACAUGUUGACAUCGAUCGUCUGGUGGAUCGAGAAUCUCGGACCUCAAUAUCUGCUCACCGCCAACAGUGGCUUCAUCUUCUACACCGUACUCUAUUUGAUCGAUUGCAUUUUCAACAACCUUGCCUAUCUGGUGUUGUUGCAUCAAGGCAAUAACGUCACCAGAGUCCUCCCUCAAGCGAGAGCACCUUUCACGACGACACUCGAGUCAAAA